AACGUCGCAGCAUUACCGGGGGCACCGAGUGCCGCUUGGUAUAUAGUAUAUCAACUCUUGGCUCUCCUCCUCGUCGCCGUCACGUGAGCGAGCUAAUAAACGUACUCGCUCGCGCUUGAUGCUUGCAGCCGCUGCCUGCCCGCCAGCCGCCACCGCUGCUGUUGAGUACCUAUAACAUAGCUGGCAAGCAUCUCCUCGAUCGCCUUCCGGUCACCCGAGCAAUGCUGCUCGGCUGUCCCUGUUUUUGUUGUUGUUGUUGCUGCUGCUGAAACUCGCUCGCCUGAGUCCAGCUAAUCAGCUGACCUGCUGCUCCAAAACAGGACAGCAGCAGCAGCUCUCCUCCACGGCCACAUAGCUGCCAGCAGCAUUGCAGAAGUUUGAUAAAACAAGUUCAAGAUGACGGAAUACUGGUUGAUAUCUGCCCCAGGCGACGAAACUUGCCAACAAACAUGGGAGACGAUGAACAAUCUGACUUCCAAGCAAAAUUCUUUGUCAGUGAAUUAUAAGUUUCACAUACCUGAUCUAAAAGUGGGCACUUUAGAUCAGCUGGUAGGACUGUCAGAUGAUCUUGGAAAACUUGACACUUAUGUUGAACAAGUGACGCGCAAGGUGGCUACGUAUUUGGGUGAAGUUUUGGAAGAUCAAAGAGAUAAGCUACACGAAAAUUUAAUGGCCAAUAAUAGUGAUUUGCCCACGUACAUAACGCGAUUCCAGUGGGACAUGGCCAAAUACCCCAUCAAACAAUCGCUGAGAAACAUCGCGGACAUCAUUAACAAACAAGUCGGACAGAUAGACGCCGAUCUCAAAACGAAAUCUACCACUUACAACAAUCUGAAGGGUAGUCUGCAAAAUCUCGAAAAGAAACAAACAGGAAGCUUAUUGACGCGGAACCUGGCGGAUCUGGUGAGAAAAGAACACUUCAUACUGGACAGCGAAUACUUGACGACUCUGCUGGUCAUUGUGCCAAGACAAGGUUUUCAAGAGUGGAAUGCCAUGUAUGAGAAAUUGACCGACAUGAUUGUACCGAGAAGCUCCCAGCUCAUCACUCAAGACCAGGAGUACGGGCUUUACACGGUCACCCUCUUUAAAAAAGUCAUCGAGGAAUUCAAGCUCCACGCUCGCGAGAAGAAAUUCAUAGUGCGCGACUUUACGUACAACGAGGAGGAGCUCGCUGCAGGUAAAAAUGAGAUGACCAAGCUCGUGACGGACAAGAAAAAACAGUUUGGCCCUCUCGUGCGGUGGUUGAAGGUCAAUUUUAGCGAGUGCUUCUGCGCUUGGAUCCACGUCAAGGCCUUGCGGGUUUUCGUCGAGUCGGUCCUCAGGUACGGCUUGCCCGUCAAUUUCCAAGCCAUUCUACUGCGCCCGAAUAAAAAGAGCACCAAGCGAUUGCGGGACGUCUUGAAUCAGCUGUACGCUCAUUUGGAUUCAUCAGCCACGUCUGGUGGCUUGCAGUCCGGCAAUCAAGAUAGCGUCGACAUUCCCGGGUUGGGCUUCGGUCAGAGCGACUACUUUCCGUAUGUCUACUACAAGAUCAAUGUAGAUAUGGUUGACAAUAAAGUUUAAUUUUCGAUAAUGGCUGUACAUCUUGCGCACAUUCGAGUACAUUGGCUCAUCAAAGUGACUAUUUACUGCUGCCGACCUUGCUGCUGAUAUAUUCUUUUCAAUGUACACACAAUCAGGUGUAUACCGGAAUUAAAAAAAAAAAAACAAAAACAAAAAAAAAACAAAACAAAACAAAAGAAAACACAAAAAAAAAAGCAAGAGAAAAAACGGAUUUUUUUAACCAUACGAGUUAAACACUUCAUUGACGUACUUCGAACCAUAGCAAGUCUAAUUUUAAUUCUUCCAAGCGCAAUGGUAAAACAAUUAUUAUUGAAAAAAAAACAGUUCCAACAAUUUUCCGUGUACGAGUCUUUGUUAGAUGACAAUGAAAACAAUAUUUUUAUAGCAAUUUCAGAAAAAAGUAUUUUAAACAUACUAAGUUCUAAAACCAUUAAUUGAUUAGUGAAGUGAAAAAAUUUCUCUAAAUUACUGUAGUACUCUAUGAAAAUACGCGUUUAUUAUUUUCUAGUGUUUUGUUCUAGGUAAUUAUCUUUGCGUGUUUUCCGAGCUAAGUUUUCGAACCUUUGAAGAAAAAUUAAUGUCAAAAA